CGAAGGCUGUCGGGAGGUUUAGUUCAGAAGCUAUGCGAUAAAAUAAACACCAACGUGGUCAAAAACUACAAUACACCGAAUUCCCUAGUUCUGUGUGCGUCGUACUCUCCCAUUUGACAGGUAAAGAGACACCAGUGAAGAGGGAUUUGACAAACAGACUGUCACUAUGAGCAAGGACAAGAUAAUCAUGGGUGACAGUAGUUGCAGCAACGGGACCAACCACUCGGGGGCGGUGCAGUCAGACCCACAGCUGUUUGAGGCCCAGUUUGAGGAGCUGGUGACCGAGCUCACAGAGCAGGACCUCACAGACUCUGUCCUCGCUGACGCUCUCAACAGACUCCGAGAGGUGUUGCAUUACAACACUCCUGGAGGAAAAAGAAACAGAGGUCUGUCUGUGAUUGGCUCUUUGAGGGAGCUUGUUCCUCCCACUGAGCUGACCCAGGAUGCUGUGCGACGGGCCUUGCUGGUUGGCUGGUGCAUUGAGCUGCUCCAGGCGUUCUUCUUGGUAGCUGAUGACAUCAUGGAUGCUUCAGUGACUCGGAGAGGUCAGCCCUGCUGGUACAAGAGGGAGAGAGUGGGUCUGGAUGCCAUCAAUGAUUCCUUCCUCCUGGAGGGAUCCAUCUACAGACUACUGCGCAGACACUGCAGGGCACAGCCCUACUACGUACACCUAUUGGAGCUCUUCACUGAGACGUCCUUCCAGACCGAGCUGGGCCAGGCACUGGACCUGAUGACCGCUCCUCCUGGUCAAAUAGACCUCAACCGCUUCACCAUGGAGAGAUAUAAGGCCAUAGUAAAGUACAAGACUGCCUUCUACUCCUUCUACCUCCCCGUGGCAGCAGCCAUGUACAUGGCGGGUAUCGACAGUGAAGAGGAACACAACAACGCCAAACAUAUCUUACUGGAGAUGGGAGAGUUCUUCCAGAUACAGGAUGACUACCUGGAUUGCUAUGGCGACCCGGCGGUGACAGGGAAGAUUGGAACAGACAUCCAGGACAACAAAUGCGGCUGGCUGGUGGUGACCGCUCUAGGGGUCAUGACCCCAGUACAAAGGGCAGAGCUGGAGUCAUGUUAUGGUCGGCAUGACAGUGUGGAGAAGGUGAAAGCACUGUACAACACCCUACAGAUGCCCACCCUGUACCACCAAUACGAAGACGACAGCUAUCAGCGCUUACAGAAACUCAUCUCGCGUCACGCCCAAAACCUUCCACACGCAGUUUUCCUCAACUUCGCCAAGAAAAUCUACAAGAGAAACAAGUGAAGAAUAUGAUGAGGAGACUGUUUUUAUUUAGUGUGUGUUGCAAUGUAGCUGGACUGAGGAGGGCUAGUUGGUGUGGCUGCUUCCAUUUCGGUCCCUUGCUCCUACCCCUUCAGUGAAUACCAUGGGGUUAAGGGCUAGGGCAGGGCUCUCCAACCCUGGUCCUGGAGAGCUACCAUCCUGUAGGUUUUCGCUCCAACCCUAAUCUAACGCACCUGAUUGUAAUAAGAGUGGAAACCUACAGGAGGGUAGCUCUCCAGGAACAGGGUUGGGGAGCCCUGGGUUAGGUUAAGGGUCUAGGGAACUUUUAUUUUAGGUCCCUAGACCCUUAACCUAACCCAGGGCUCCCCAACCCUGUUCCUGGAGAGCUACCCUCCUGUAGGUUUCCACUCUUAUUACAAUCAGGUGCGUUAGGGCUUUAGUUUGGACUGCGAGUGAGCCUGGUUGAGAUUAGACCAGUCAGUGAGAUUAGACCAGUCAGUCUUAAACCUGGUCUUCAAGGUGCCCAUUUUUGUUCUCCGUAAUAUGAUUUUCAAUUAUGUACAGAAUAACUGAUUACUCAAACUGGGAAUACCAUGUCAUCAAAAAGUAUGUCUGUCUCUGUAUCAAUCUCUUUAUUUAUUGAUGAUGACGUGAGUAUGACAUGUCACUGUUAGCAGCUGUCUGCUCUAGAAUCCUGUGGAUUUGAUGAUGAUGAUGAUGGCAGGGAGUUACAUUGGUUGAUGAUCACAUCAAUCAGGAUGACAACCUGGGGCUCUGGUCUCUACCGGCAGAGGGCUCUGGUCUCUACCGGCAGAGUGAAUGGACUACAGCAGGAAGCUGCCUGAUAGGAACAAUCCUGCUGUCUCUCACACCAUGUUCUUUGUAUUAUGUUUUCUCUAUCUCCCUCUGUGUAUAAUCAUCUCUUUCUAAUUACUACUGUACAUCUACCUGCUGCUGACAAUAUGGCAUCUUAUUGCUUUUAAUAAAGAAAUGUGACCAACAUGG